AUGGAUGUGGACGAGUUCAAGUCCGCGGCCAAGGCGGUCAUUGACGAGAUCGCCGAAUUCCACCAAAAUGUCCCUCUCCAACGCGUCGUUGCCGACGUCAAGCCCGGCUACCUGCGGCCGCUCUUGCCGCCCUGCGCUCCCAUGGAUCCGGAGCCGUUUGCUUCCAUCCGCGCCGACGUCCGCGACAAAAUCAUGCCCGGCCUCACGCACUGGUCCAGCCCCAGGUUUCUGGCCUUCUUCCCCUGCGCCAGGAGCUAUCCCGCCGACAUUGCCGACAUGUACUCCAACGCCUUCAGCGGCGCCCACUUCAACUGGGUCUGCGGCCCUGCGUGCACCGAGCUCGAGGCCAUCGUCAUGGACUGGCUGGCCCAGGCCCUGGGCCUGCCCGAGUGCUACACGUUCGGCGGCUCGACCAAGGGGGGCGGCGUCAUCCACAACGGCGCCAGCGAGGCCCUUUUGCUCGUCAUGGUCGGCGCCAGGGAGAAGUACCUUGCGGCCAGGACGGCGCACCUGCCCGACGGCCCGGCCAAGGAGGACGAGGUGUGGCGCCUCAAGAGCAGGCUCGUGGUCCUCGGCAGCACCGGCGCCCACUCGAGCACCAGAAAGGCCGCGCAGAUCCUGGGUCUCCGCUGCGUCUCCAUCCCCGUCUUUGAGCAGCACGGCUUCGCGCUGCAGGCCGCCGACCUGGCCGAGACGCUCGACGACUUGGCGGCCCGCGGGCUCGAGCCCUUCUACCUCACCCUCACCAUGGGCACCACCGACCUCUGCGCCGUCGACGACUUUGCCGGCAUCGCCGCCCUGCUCCAGCCGCGCGCCGCCCGCGGCCUGCCCGAGAUCCAUGUCCACGUCGACGCCGCCCACGCAGGAUCCGCCCUCAUCCUGCCCGAGUAUCAGCACUACGCCAAGCCCCUGGCCUCCUUCCACUCCUUCAACUUCAACCCGCACAAGUGGCUGCUCGUCACCUUUGACUGCUCCGCCACCUUUGUCAAGUCCCGCCGCGACCUCACCAGCACGCUGUCCAUCAACCCGCCCUACCUGAGGAACCAGUUCUCCGACGGCGACGUCGUCACCGACUACCGGGACUGGCAAAUCACCCUCGGCAGGCGCUUCCGCUCCCUCAAGCUGUGGUUUGUCCUGCGCAGCUACGGCAUCAGCGGUCUGCGGAGACACAUCCGGAACGGGAUAGCCCUGUGCGAGGUGCUCGAGGCCAAGAUCCGCGGCAGACCCGACCUGUUCACCGUCUUCACCCCCGCCAGCUUUGCGCUGCUGAGCUUGAGGAUUGUGGGCGCGGGCGAGCAGGAGGUCAACACGAGGACGCAGCAAGUCUUUGAGAGAGUCAACGCAGCCGGCGAGUUUUACCUGACGGCCACCGUCGUCGAUGAAAAGUUUGCCAUCCGUGUGUGCACGGCCGUUGCCGACGUGAGAGAGGAGCACGUGCAGAGAGUGUUUGAGGUCUUGGUUGAGGAGGCCGAGAGGCUUCACCUCUUUUCCUUCCCCGGGCCAGCGUGUCCCCGUCUUUAG